AUGGCUGACCAGGAUGAGCAGUACAACAAGUCGUGGAUUCUCCAUCAAGUCCUGGAGAGAUAUGUAGGAAGCCGGGAGUUAAUAUCUGUCAGAAGAAAGCUUACAACUACAGCAGAAGACCUGCAUAACAUUGAUAUAACGCCUUGGCUUAAUAUAGGUAGUUCGGGAGAGGGAUUUCGGAUGUUUGGCUCGGACAGGGAUAUGAUGGUGGUAGAUAAAAAGGUACUAGUGCUACGUCACCAUAAGGAUUUCAAUCUGAUAAGAAAUAUCACCAACCAAACAAUUUUAGUGAUGCGAGACGCUAACAGCAGACCUGGUUAUACACAUUUAGAACUUGUUCAGCUAGGACGGGAAUAUGAAAAAGAGUUGUUUGAAUCAGUUGUUCCAGUCGGUAAUAAAUCUUUCUUAUCAAGUCAACUUUUUACGGGUUCUUAUAAUGAAGGAAUGAGUGAUGUCUAUAGGACUCGAACAGAAACCCAUGGCCCAGCAACUACGAUGCGGGGAAAGGACUGUAACGCGGAUACGGAUUUUGAUAUUGUAAUUUCCUUCCCAUGUUAUGACUGGCCACAAGAUGCAGAUGAAUGGCUUACCAGGCCCCGUCUUAAAAACUGGCCUGAUAAGGCUUUGAGAGAUCAGAUAGUACAAGAUGGGUGCCAUCUUGUCCCCGUGGGCGAUAAAACAUCGGAUGACACAUUCCUACAAUGGAGGAUUUCAUUUUCGUCUGCCGAAAGAAAACUGAUUCAUUCUCUAAGUCAUGUCCAAUUUUUGGUGUAUGGCCUGUUCAAGAAUUUCCUCAAACAGAUAUCUGAUUGGUUGCAACAUUUGUUUGGAGAUAUAGAUAUCCUGUCAUCCUAUAUUAUAAAAACGGUUGUACUGCACGCCGUGGAAAACACCUCUGAUUCCUUUUGGCAGGAGAAAUAUACAUUUUUCUGUUUCAUGUUUUGUUUAAGCACGUUGAUUUCAUGGGUCAAGGCAGGGUAUUGCCCUAACUACUUCAUAAACAAAAACAAUAUGUUUCUCGGUAAAGUCUGUGGUGAAAAUCAACAAAAACUCCUUAAUUUUCUCGUGGUACUUUAUGAUCUAAAAUGGGGAUGUCUUUCAGUAGGGGAAUAUAUGCAGCCAUCUAUUGGGGAACUUGUGCAGGGUGUUCACGAUGAAACAACAGCAAUGAAGAUUCAUCCACCAGCAGUUUUAGAAAGAAAAUGUGACAUGGAAAUUUUUGUUAAAACGUUAGGAUAUGAGUGCCGUCCAGAGGUUCUUUCAAUAUCACUGGCGCGUUUGUCUAAAUCAACGGAGGAGAUUGAUGAAUACAUGGCGUACGCUAAUACAGCACGUGCGUUGAGUUAUUCGGGAAUGACGAAAUUCGAAGAACACCUUCCAGUGAAGGGCAAUAAAGACAAGUACAAAUUUCUCAAGACAUGUAAGAAUCUUCUGUUACCAUGUAGCUUGGUGUGUACAAGUCCCGGCUUGCUGACGCUCGCCACAUACCACUAUACGACUGGGAAUUACAAGAAAACAUUGGAAAUGUGUGCACACAUGAUUUCGUCAUUCAAAAUGUAUGUGGAUUUUGGGUCUUGUUUUGAGAAACAAGACAAGUAUGAGUACCUCUUUUGUGGGCGCGGGUAUACUUUGCUACAAAAGUGCAAAGAAGUCUUCGUGACAUGUAUCACAUUCCUACAAGACCAUGGACAGUUCUGUCCGUCACAAAUCCGUCUGGACGUCGGAAAAUACUGCCCUAACGGAAGUAUGAUGAGGAUACCUCCACUCCCCUACGCUGUCUUCUUGUCGUUUCUGUGUUAUCAUGAACUUGGCGACACCAGGACGCGUAAUACAGCACUGAUUGAACUUCAGACUGUGAAAUAUGACCAAGAACAGGGUGGCAGUACACACUAUGUAGUCCAUAACCUAUUGGGAAUCUGCUUUGAAAUGGUUGGAGACAAACGUAGGGCUCUCGAGGAGUACAGAAGUUCUGUUAAUGUUCGGCACAUAAGUCAGUAUCAGAACUCAGCCAGGGAAAGGAUGGAACGUCUACAGACACUCUAA